AUGCCUUUACCGAGCAGUGAGCUCUCACAGGAACAAAGUCAAGAUGAAAUGUCCUUCAGCACCUCUGAUGGCCCACCGUAUACCCUCUGCAUUUUCCCAUUUUCUCUCUAUUCCAUAAUGGCGCGAUUCGCCAUCGCGCUUGGGCAAGAAUACCACCAGGGUCCCAAAGGUGUACCGAAUAUCACACACAAGCUGAUAAACCUUCAUCGUGACGAUAAUCUUGAGGAAUGGUUCCUUACUGAAGUCAAUUGUAAUGGCCAGGUACCGGUUAUGACCCGAGAGUGGCGGGAUGGAUCGAUGAAGCCACGCGUCGAGAUUAUGACGGAGAGCGUGGCGAUCUCAAAGUUUUUCGGGGAUUCGUUCUUUCCAGGGCUCCUAGGUGGCACGCAUAAGGGGGAGGUCGACGCAUUACUAGAGAAAAUACAUGAGAUUCAGGCAUUCUCUUUAAGCAUCAAGAGCCCUUCAAAGGAGCAAGCCGUGGAGGUACCGGACCCAGGGUUAGACAGGUUACUCGCUAAAACGGACAUAUCCGACAAGUAUCGGCGUGCACUGGAGUAUAAAAGGGAACACUACUAUCGAAACCUCGCCUACGCUUUACGCCCAGAAAAUAUACAGAAGGCCAAGGCACAAGCUGCCGAUCUCUUCCAGCGGCUUCUACUGCUCUAUCGCGAAUACCACCAGGAAUCUAACACUGAGCAGGAGCAAGGCAUUUGGCUGUUUGGUGCUGCCACGGGGCCGACAAUACUAGAUGCACACGCUGUGGCUUUGAUAGCUCGUAUCGACGACGCAGGUCAAGACGAACUGGUUCCAAGAAAACAAUCUGGAAUAUUGGAUAUGGGCAUGUUCAUCUGCUUGAAGAAAUCUGAUGACGUUCUGAGGACGAGGAUUUGGCCUGAAAGCGGCAUCGUGGAGGGCAGGGCAAUAGGCUCCGAGACAGUCAAUAUCGAGGGAGGUGGCAGUGUCCGGUCAAAGUAG